GGCUUACACCUCAGCCCAGCCAUUGUACCUGCGCUGAUGCGCCUUCUCCCACUCAGCAAGGACCUCCUACACUUCGAGCUAUCCACGGAGACACUCGUGCGCCGCUGCCAGCAGCAGCUGGACUACACCGGCAUCCUCAACGAGUGGCCCACCGCCGAGGAAAAAGGCGUGCUUGAUCGCGAAGACCUUGAGCUCAACGCCCCGCUGUUGAUCGGCGCGGGUAGCGAGACGACGGCGACAACGAUGUCGGGUGCUACCCUCGCGCUGGUGGAGACGCGCUUGAUCAUGGCGCGCCUGCUAUUUGAGUUUGAUGUCACGCUCAUGCCUGAGAGCGGGGGGUGGUCUGAUCAGCGGUCGUAUGCGGUGUGGGAGAAGCCGCCGCUGAUGGCGAAGCUGCGGCCUGUGGAGAGGGUAUAA